AUGUUAUCUGUAUUGCUGGCGGCCGCUUCAUGGUAUUUACUGCACAGCUACCGUCAGCAGGAGCAGGCCACUACAAGCUAUAAUAAUUUUCUCCUGCGGGCAAAUCCUGGCUUACAUGCAUGGAUAUACCCCGCCAUUGCCGUUGCCACCCUGUUAACCGGAGCACUUUUCACCUUGCUGCUGGUAGAAAUACGCGUCCACAAAAAAAUUAUUGAAGAACUGCUUGCUCAAAAAGAACACUACCGGGUGGUGGUACACAGCAUGGCAGAAGGAUUAAUAACAACCGGCCCGCAAGGAGAAAUACAUUAUAUGAAUCCGGCUGCCGAAAAACUAACCGGUUGGACUGCCAGUGAAGCACUGCACCUGCCACUGGAAAAAGUGUACGAUGUGGUAAAUGAAUCUACCGGUCUGCCGGCAGAACCUAUUGCCAGGAAAAUUCUAAGAGAGCAACAGCCGGUGCAGCGGCAAAACAAUACCCUGCUGUAUACCAGGAACAGGGGAAAAAGAGUCGUGAGCAACAGCGGCGCCCCCCUUUAUGAUGCCCUUGGUAAUGUAUACGGGGCAGUACUUGUUUUCAAUGAUACCGGUCAACAAAACAAACAGGAACCCCUCUCGCCUGGCAAUGAAAUCUCUUUCAAAGCAGUUAUAGAAAAUCUGCCCGAAGCUGUUUUCACCUGCGACACAGAAGGCUACGUUAGACUUUACAACAAAGCAGCUGCAGCACUCUGGGGCAGGCAACCUGUACCCGGUAAAGAACUGUGGACAGGUGCGUGGAAAAUACUUGAUAAAGACGGGAUGCCAAUAGCGCCCGAAAACUGCCCCAUGGCAAUUGCCAUCAAAGAGCAAAGGGCCGUACACGGACAGGAAGUUACCAUACAGCGCCCCGAUGGAAGCCUGCGGCACCUCCUCUCUCACCCAUCGCCGCUGUUUAAUGCCACAGGUAAAUUGACCGGGGCGAUUAAUAUGCUCACGGAUAUUACUGCACGAAAAAAAACAGAAUUGCUUUCAUUGCAGGCGGUAGAACGGUACGAUAUACUGCUGAAAGCCACCAGCGAUACCAUCUGGGACUGGGAUAUUGUGAACAACCGGAUGAUUUACAAUUCCGGUAUUACAAAAAUGUUCGGCUACCAGAUAGCAGCAGUGGAAGACAUUUUUAACUGGUGGCGGGCAAAUGUUCACCCGGACGACCUGCAGAUGGUAAUGGAUGCCUAUUUUGGACCGGUGGAAGAUACCCUCGAAAACAUUCAGCAGGAGUACCGUUUUCGCUGCGCAGACGGCAGCUACAAAUACAUUUACGACAGGGCAUUUAUUCUGUACGAUGACCAGCAGAAGCCCACCCGCGUAAUAGGAUCCAUGCAGGAUAUUACCUAUAAGAAGGAAGCUGAAAAAAGAUUUGCCAAAGCCAUCAUUGAUGCCCAGGAAAAGGAAAGGCGCUAUAUCGGCGAAGAACUGCAUGAUAAUGUAAACCAGCUGCUGGCAAGCGCUAUGCUUACGCUGAGCAUGGUUAAACACUUUGAAAACGACCCGGAAAAAAUGGCCGAGUUUGCUGAAAAGGCCAAACAAUACACCGGUACAGCAUUAAACGAGAUACGCAAGCUGUCGCACGACCUGGCACCAGCCACCAUUGAAGACAGUACGCUUAAAAACAUAUUUGAAAACCUGCUGCAAAGCAUCAACAUAAAAAACCAGUUCAGGAUUCUUUUCCAUUUUGAUGACAGGGUCAAUAGCCUGCUGUGCCACGACACUCAGAUUAAUCUGUACAGGAUACUGCAGGAGCAGGUAAAAAACAUCCUGAAAUAUGCUGGUGCAAAUAGCAUUACAGUUGAAGUAAAGCCGACAGGCAGCAACGUUACUAUGAUCACCAGUGACGAUGGCAUCGGUUUCGAUACUAAAAAAACUAAAAAAGGCAUUGGCCUCAGCAAUAUGAAAAGAAGGGUGGAAUCACUGGCGGGCAAGCUGCUGAUUACUACCUCGCCCGGCAACGGAUGUACCAUCACCAUCGAAGUUCCAUAUGCCCACCCCGCUGAUGAAGCUGCAAAAGCGGGUCCUUAUUAA